UUCUUUGAAUUGUUUUAAUUCAAUAAUUCAUUUAUUUUGUGAAUUGUUUUUUUACCAGGGAAGCUGAUAUACAUGUACACAUAUCAUAGUUUUGCGUGCAAGAAAAUAAGUAACCAUGGUGUCCAUAAGAAUCUGUACUUUACUGCUGAUUGGUCAGAAUAUGUUAUGGGUCAAAGGUCAUGGUGAUGACCACACACAUGAAAUAGAUCCUGAUGACCCAGAUGCUGUGAAUAAAAUCCUACAAGACACUGAACACAUGAAAGAACAUUAUGAAGGAAAAGCAGAUACAGUGGACUGGAGUCAAUUGGAUGAAAAUGAAAAACUAUUUCACUUCUUUAGGAUUAAUGAUUAUGAUGAUAACAAUAAGCUAGAUGGCUUAGAACUGUAUAAAGGGUUCAGUCACUUCAUGGGAAAUUAUAGAAUGCCUAACCUAGGAUUAAAGGGAGAGGAGAAAGAAAAAAUGGAAGACAAAAUUAGGAACAAUCGCCAUAACAGUAUUAUGAACAUCGUGGAUGACUUUAUGAAAGAUGAUUGGGGUAAUGAUGGCUUUUUGAACUAUCAAGAAUAUGUAAGAGCCCAAGAGAGGAGAGACGAGGCCAAGAAGAAUAGAAAGUAUGGAGAUCGUUCUAUGCCACAAUACUAAUAGACUAUAUAACUUCUUUAAUUCUUACAAUAUUUUUAAACAGGCAGUUUAACAUGUACAGUAUUGUACAAACAUAAUUCUUUAUACAGGAAAUGAAUGACUUAAAAUAAGUAUGUAAAAAGUCUGUGAGUAUACUGUACACUUGAGAACUAUACCUAGUAAUAGUACAGUGUUAUUUAUAAUUUUGGUGUUUACCCUACAUUAGAAUUAGGACUAUAAUGGUUUCAUAAUUAUAAUUUCCGUCGGUUCAGUUUUUCGGUUCU